GGCUCGCGCGCGGCGAGGUGGCAGUUUGGGUCUGGUCCUGUGGAAUCGUAUUAUGUCGCGCCCGAAGGACUCUAUCGUGGCUGACUUGGAGAGGAAAGGGUUGGAAGUCAGAGAGAUGAGCUCCUGCUGGCCUGGAAGAAAGCAAACAUCCAUGUUGUGAACUGCCUAGGGGGUUAUGUUGAAAGGAAUUGCGUGGCCUCUAGUUGCUGAGAGCAGACCCCAGUCGACAGCUAGCAAGUAAACAGAGACCUCAGUCCUGCAGCCCCAAGCAACUGAAUUCUGACAACAAUCUGGAUGAUCUUGGAAAAGGACCCCAAGCCCUGGAAUCAAAAUUACAAGGGCCAUGGAUUAUCAAAGGGAAAAGAGCGAGAGCAGAGAGCUUCAAUCCGAUUCAAGACCACUCUCGUGAAUACUCUCAUGGAUGUCCUUCGCCACAGGCCGGGCUGGGUAGAAGUAAAGGAGUGCCAGGAGGCGUCAGGACCCCGUGUGGCCGAUACCCCGGUUGUUCAAAGGGAACCCAAAGGAAGCCGGCAGCCUGGAUUUGUUGAAGGGGACUGGGAUUUCUACUGGUGUGACGUCAGCUGGCUCCGGGAGAACUUUGACCACACCUACAUGGACGAACAUGUGCGGAUCAGUCACUUCCGAAACCACUACGAGCUGACGCGCAAGAACUACAUGGUGAAGAACCUGAAGCGGUUCCGGAAGCAGCUGGAGCGCGAGGCAGGGAAGCUGGAGGCAGCCAAGUGCGACUUCUUCCCCAAAACCUUUGAGAUGCCAUGCGAGUACCACCUGUUCGUGGAAGAGUUCCGCAAAAACCCGGGGAUCACCUGGAUCAUGAAGCCUGUAGCCCGGUCGCAGGGAAAAGGCAUUUUCCUCUUCCGGAGGCUGAAGGACAUCAUGGACUGGAGGAAGGGCACCGCUGGGAAGAAGCUCACCAGCUCAGAGGCCCAGCCAGCCCGGAGCGCUGUCAAUCCACCCGGAGGCCAUGACGCAAGAAGUUCUGAAGACCAGAAGGAUGAAAUCCCCGUGGAGAACUACGUAGCUCAGCGCUAUAUCGAAAACCCCUACCUGAUAGGAGGCCGCAAGUUUGACCUGCGCGUCUACGUGCUGGUGAUGUCGUACAUCCCGCUGCGGGCCUGGCUGUACCGGGACGGCUUCGCCCGAUUCUCCAACACCCGCUUCACACUGAGCAGCAUCGAUGACCAGUAUGUUCACCUCACCAAUGUCGCUGUGCAAAAGACCUCUCCUGACUACCAUCCAAAGAAGGGCUGCAAGUGGAUGAUCCAGCGCUUCCGCCAGUACCUGGCGUCCAAGCAUGGGCCGGAGGCGGUGGAGACGCUCUUCAGCGACAUGGACAACAUCUUCAUCAGGAGCCUGCAGAGCGUGCAGAAGGUGAUCAUCAGCGACAAGCACUGCUUUGAGCUGUACGGCUAUGACAUCCUCAUAGACCAGGACCUCAAACCGUGGCUCCUGGAGGUCAACGCAUCCCCAUCGCUGACAGCCAGCAGCCAGGAGGACUAUGAGCUCAAGACCUGCCUUCUGGAAGAUACCCUGCAUGUCGUGGACAUGGAGGCCAGGCUCACAGGAAGGGAGAAGCGAGUGGGAGGCUUUGACCUCAUGUGGAAUGAUGGCCCUGUCAGCCGAGAAGAGGGGGCUCCUGACCUGUCGGGGAUGGGGAAUUUUGUGACCAACACACACCUUGGCUGUGUCAACGAUCGGAAAAAACAGCUGAGGCAACUGUUCCGCUCCCUUCAAAGCCAGAAGAAAGCCUCCAGUUAGUCCCCGCGGUGGGGAGGAAAGUGACCCUGGGAGGUGCCAGCACAGUCCUCUUCCCCCUCUUUCCAGCACAGCGGUGCCUCCAAGCACUCACCUCCCUCCCUCUGGCCUGGCAGCAGCGUUGCUGCUUACUGCUUGUUCCAGGUCCCCUGGAUGCCCCCACCUGGGCACCUCUGCACCAGGAGACGGCCAAUCCCUGGGACUGGAUGCGUAUUAACCUUGAGGGAUUGGCCUGGCCAUCGGGCCUGACAAGGACAACCGCAAGGGUAGCAGUUUCUGCUACCCCAGAGAGAUCCUGUUUAAUAAAUGAGAACAGACCUCA